AAACGGAUGUCUCAUCCCGCGCGCCUUACUUCAGCCUCACGAUAGUAACACACGCGUAAGUGAGCCCUAUACCUAGCUACUCCUCAAAGUGUCCGUACCUAUCUUAGCGCGAUGUGGUGUGGUGUAAACCCUCUAUCCCUGUGGAUACUAUGUUACUGGUGUGUCCUCGGCACGACUGACACAGUCAACGAUAAUAAAGAGGCGGAUAUCAAAAACAUUCCAUUACGACAGAAGAGGACGACAGACGGUGGGCGUUUACCGCCACUCCCAAUGACGCAGCACUCUGGUUCUGUUCCAAGUGGGCGUAGCGGCCAGGCUUCAUAUGAUUAUCAACAUGGCGGAGCAAGCUUCGACACUUCCGAUUCACACCAAACUGCUUCGAGAAGAGAUCAAGUGGACGACGAAAUUAGAACUAGAAUGGUAUUCAACACCGCAAACUAUGAUGUUCAUGCAGAACUCGGAGAGAGUACGUAUACUCCUAACACACACGCUUCAACCGGACAUACGGCUACUACCAGAGAUCAAGGUACGCAGACCGGAGACGACAGUAGAACAACUGUAACACAGUAUUACGUCACACGUGAAGGAACAGCACAACGGAUAGGAACCAAUGAAGAGCUUGGGACCGGAAACGAGGAAGUAGAUUCGACGCAGUAUAAUUCUGAGGUACAAGUUCAGUAUCCUUACAACUCUAGAACACCGACUCGAGGACAGAGUUCACGAACACAGACGAGUCACAGUCAAACAGCUCAGACACAUGGCCAAACGACCCAGGGGCGCCGUGAUCAUGGCCAAACGACCCAAGGGCGCCGGGGUCAUGGCCAAACCAUGCAGGGGCGCCGUGGUCAUGGUCAAACCACGCAGGGAGAGACGAGUUAUAACUACAACAGUCGGAUCCGGACAAACCCUGGACAGAGCCAGAAUCCUGUAUAUAACACAGGCACCCAGCCAACCAGGGUGCGGAGCAAUACGCCUGUGUAUCAGGAAUCGGAAUCAGGUACUCAGACUUCCCCGUAUCAAACCCAGCACCCGACACGCACGGGCACGUCCUACUCGACCGAGACACGUACAACUCAAACACAGACGUACCGUCCGUACCAGACAGGUACUACCUACACAACGGGGGCCCGACAAGGAGGCGGAUAUGGCACCCUGGGACAGGUCUUCAAUCUCAACACCAACAACAACCGACAAUACACCACAUCCAACAGCAGACGGUACCCAAACAGAGGCGGGUACGUUUCUGGCACCAGUGCAGUUCCCAACACUGGAGUCAUUUCUGACGAUCCGAACUGUCCGACCUCCACAUACCGGGUGUAUAUCAACAAUAUGGAGUGUACUCGGGCAGUGGAUACACUCGGGUCUUUCAUCUGCUACAACUACGAACGGGUGUCACGUGACUGCUGCGAGAAGUGUCUGUCCAUCAAACGUUCGAACAGCAGAGGCUGUGAGUACGGAGACCGGUCGUACCAAUGUAGAAACAUGGAACCAUUCGACUGUUAUGCUCAACGAAACCGCGAGAUCUGCUGUGAUACGUGUAGCCGCUACGAGUCACAACGUAAUACAGGUAUUUCUGGUUGCGAAUACGGAGACCUUACGCCUCGUUGUCAGAUUGUGAGCGAGAGGCGCCACCUUUGUUAUCUUCCGGAGAACCAGCGGCUGUGUUGUCUGACAUGUCCUAGACUAGAGGACACGUCAAACCCAACAUGUAAAUGGGGGGACCAGAACCCCCAGCUGUGCGAACCCUUCACCCAGGACAACCAGCUACGCGUCAACUGUUACCAGACGUCUGUCCGACAGGUGUGCUGCAGCACGUGCGAAAGGUUGAGGGCAAGGAUACUUGUGAACAUCCCAGGCUGCCAGUUUGGUGACCGCCCAGUGCGGAUGAACACUCCCCUUGGAAUGUUGUCAUGUCGGGAAUACGUACGUCAGUACGGCGUCGAGGUGUGCGAAACCGAGGCUAUCAACACGCACUGUUGCCACACGUGUUACCAGUACCGUGCACUCAGCAGGGGAUAGUUUAACACAAUGUCAUUGGUCAAAAUCAUUCAAAUGUUUCUUCGCUAGAUUUCUAAUAUUUUGGGAUCGUAAACAACGAGUUUUUCUGAAACUUGUGCACAAUUAAGUUAAAAUUACUAGAUCAUUAUUAAUCAAAUUUACGUUUUAACUACGUGUACCUUUGCUAACUGGCAACGUUAACGUUUCAAAUGCAUAAAUAGGAGAUACGUUUGAUGUUUGCUGGAAUUUCCGUCUCGUCCUCACUGUUAAGUUGUACUCAGGAGUCUCAGGUUCUGCGAUAACUGUGUCAAUUAAAGACUUCAGAGGCACCUCUAACCUCUUUGCUGUAUAUAGUACCUGCUGUCGACACGACUCGAAGUAAAAUCACAAAUUAUUUUUUUAACGUCUAAAGAUGUAUAAGGGAACUUGGAUAUUAAACAGAGUGUACCACAAGUGUUAAGGGAAAGAACGGUCCAGCUAGGCGUAAACCUAAUUGUUCUUGGAUUAGCAGUGUUUCAGUGCGUGUGGGUGAAAUAACACUGCCAAAGAAAAUUAACUACACGCCAAAGUCAAUUUGGAAGUUGUGUUUUUUCACUGGCCUUCGUGUAUCUACUAGUUGUGUUUCGAAGGCGUUUAUGAGCCCCAAUAUUACUUCAGCGUUUUAAAUUUUUGUAUCUGUUUCUUAUUUGGAAGCCUUCAGAUAGCCUUCCCGUAUAUUUUACAUCUGCAACUUCAACACGAGUUUUAGUUCACCGUUAACUGACACAUAUAACGACUCUACAGCGCUUCCUGUCCUUAGUAGUCGUCCCGGAAUACGUAUGUAUGUCGGGUAAGGUAGGUACCCUAAAAAUCGAAUAGCAAUCAUUUCUCCAAAUAAGUCUGUUUUUUCUACCUUUCAAUGUCUUGAAUCAACAAUAACUUUGUUGUAAGAAAGCAUACGUAUAUUUUUUUCUCGUAUACUAACUGAAAAAUUACGCAAAUAUUCGUGUUCCCUACUAGCAUAUCCGACUUCGUUUUUUACACGUGUAUUGUAUAGGGCUGUAAAAAGAAUUACUUACAACGAGAAACUGGAGGUACUUUGUAGGAGAGUGCUUAUGUGAGGUCAAUGUCAAGAACUUAAUUAUUCUGUGAAGACGAUCAUAUUAGUGGUGACGUCACACACACUAUGUCACGACCUCGGUACAAUUACCACGGUCCACGUGUAUUCUUGAAUCUCAAGCACUUUCCGUUUUGUUUUGUCAAGAGAGUAGGCUAAAUGAGAGCAGACAGAGUGGGCCUCUCAGUCUUUGUAUCCAGACGUAAUGAGCUUGUUAAGACCAGAUGCUAAAGGGAAUAAUGAAACGAGAGCGAACGACGCAUUUUUUGUUGAAGAGCAUAUCGCAUAUCAAUAAGCAGUAUCCUUCCCAUGUAACAAUCGGUAGUAAUUUUCAUCUAUACAGUUCCGAACCAUGAACGUUGUCUGUUACUGUUCCACAGAAAAGUUCGUCUACAACAGUUCCGCAGUAAAGAUCGUCUGUUACAGCUCCGCAGUAAAGUUCGUCUUUAACAGUUCCGCAGUAAAGUUCGUCUGUAAGAGCUCCGCAGUAAAGUUCGUCUAUAACAGUUCCGCAAUAAAGUUCGUCUAUAACUGUUCCGCCGUAAAGUUCGACUCUAACAGUUCCACAGUUAAGUUCGUUUAUAACAGUUACGUAGUUAAGUUCGUCUGUAACAGUUCCACAGUUAAGUUUACCUACAACAGUUCCACAGAAAAGUUCGUCUAUAACCUGUCCGCAGUUAAGUUCGUCUGUAACAGUUCCAUAAGAAAGUUAGUCUCGACAGUUCUUCAGUAAUGUCCGUCUGUAACAGUGCCACAGUAACGUUCGUCACUCACAAUUCCGUAAUAAAGUCUGUCUAUAUGUGUAACAGUUCUGCAGUGAUGUCCGUCUGUAACAGUUCCACAGUAACGUUCGUCUGUCACCAUUAUGUAAUAACGUCUGUUUAUAUAUAUAACAGUUCCGCAGUAGCGUCAGUCUGUCACAGGUCUACUGUGUAUGUAGCGUCCGUCUGAAACAGAAUGGUUUUAACGUUCGUCUGUAACUUUAGUAUGGAACAGUUCGGACGCCAUGAACGGUACUACGAGUAUGUAACAGUUCGGACGCCAUGAACGGUACUCCGAGUAUGUAACAGUUCGGACGCCAUGAACGGUACUACGAGUAUGUAACAGUUCGGACGCCAGUAACGGUACUACAAGUAUGUAACAGUUCGGACGCCAGCAACGGUACUACGAGUAUGUAACAGUUCGGCUGGCCAAUCUUUCAGUUCGGCGUUAAGUAAUGAUAUUUAGUUAAAUUUCGGCUGUAGUUGCCGUUUGUUUUCGCGUUUUAAUAUAUAAUGUAACCCGUCCGACCGUCCACUUAGUUUUAAUGUGAGCGUCACUAAGAUGUCUAUUAAAAUAUUGUUCUCUUCAUCUAAAAUACCUGUACGUUUUUGUGUGUAAAAUUACCUAUAAGUUUAAUUCUAAUGAUGUCGUUAAACGUGGGGAAUUUAAUCGAAAAUACAAUGUAUUUAGGAUAGGGGCUAUUGAGCUCUUAAACAUGUACAGUCAUUCUAUUUGAAAAGUAUAUAUGUUUAUAUUAAAAUAAAGAAGUAUGAU